AAAUAUUCUUCACAUAGAUACGUUUCUUUGCAACCUUCGACAACAUGUCCCUCUACUAUGAUGCGGCCACUGUGCUGUCCGGUAGUACUCAAGAGGAUUCGUUCAAGUCAAGGAUCUAUGGAAACAAGCUCGAACUGAAGUCGAAGCCCGCGCAUCUGUAUGCCUUGAUCUCGGAGACUGCAAAGUAUAACCACUUUCUCAAAGAAGUCAUUGACAAUGCGGCUUUCUUGUCCCAUGAGUCUAAGUUGACCCCAAUACUGUCCCUCCUUCUCGUCCAUGAUCACCUCUUCGCGAAAGGUGGCAUUGCCGCACCUUCGGGACACACUCUCCGACGAGCAGUGGAGAAGCACAAGGCAAGACUGCAAGCGGAAUUCACAAAAGCUAGGCUUAGACGAAAAUGUGCGACCGUGCAGGACCUGAAAGCCCUCCUGCUUCGUGAACAUCCUCCAGCGCAGCGAUCACAGCCGCGAUGGAUCCGGGUCAAUGCCCUGAAGUCGUCUCUGUCCGACCAGCUUGCUACUACCUUCAAAGGAUAUAGAACAGACGCCACGAUAUCCGAGGUUGCACGAUCGUUCGGCGCCACGAAGGUCCUUGCCAUGGACCCGAAUAUUCCUGAUCUGCUUGCUCUGGCCCCAGAUGCGGACUUUACCAAGACCAAUGCCUACACAGACGGAAAGCUCAUUCUACAGGACAAAGCCUCCUGCUUCCCAGCGUAUCUACUGGCUGGUGACAAUGAUAGUGCUCCAAACGACUGCAUCGACGGUUGCGCCGCACCAGGAAAUAAAACCUCCCAUCUCGCAGCCCUCAUCUCUGGGUCGAGCACGAUCUAUGCUUGUGAAAGAGAUGGUCGCAGAUCGAAAAUCCUACAGAGCAUGAUUGAGAAGAGUGGGGCAAGCAAUGUCAAUGUUCUCUCUGCCCAGGAUUUCUUGAGUAUAGAUCCUCAACAUGCACGGUACAAGCAUGUCACACAUCUCCUGCUUGACCCGAGCUGUUCCGGCAGCGGCAUAGUUGGGCGUGAAGAUGUUCCCAAACUCAUACUGCCUAGGGACCCUAGGAUGCAAAAAGCAACAACGGAAAAGGGCUCCAAAAAGAGAAAACGAGAUCAGCAAGACAGGACAGAAAUUGAAGUGCUAGAUGAGGAGGUUGAAGCUGAAGAGACUAGAGAUGCCACCACCGACGCAACCCGUCUACAAAAGCUGUCGACAAUUCAAGCGAAGCUUGUCGAGCAUGCUUUUGCUUUUCCCGCGGCGACUCGGAUUACCUAUUCGACCUGCUCAGUCCAUGUGGAAGAAAACGAACUGGUCGUCUCCCGGCUCUUGAGCUCUGCAGUCGCUAAGACUCGUGGCUGGGGUGUGCUGCGGCGUCAGGACCAGGUUGCCGGUUUACGGGAUUGGCAACAUCGAGGUCUUGUUGAUGCUGGGUCGAAGUUAGCCGAGCUCGGUGCGGAACUGUUGACUACAGCAGAUCUCGACGCUUGUAUACGGUGCCAUCCAGGAGGUGAUGACGGCACCAUGGGCUUCUUUGUCUGCGGGUUUGUACGGUCGACCGGGGAUAUACCGGGUGAGGAUGUAAAUCAUAACCAGGCUGAUGGCGACGCAUGGGAUGGCUUCAGUGAUUAGACAGGCAUCCUAUUGAACCAUCCAUAAAUUUCCGCUCGUUGCUUGUUGUCUAUCAACGAGUCUUCCGUACAUGAAUAUAACGAAAAGUACAUUGUAAAC